AUGGUAUAUACAUGGAGGCAAUCCGAUUUGAAAAAGUCCUUCAACCUCGCUGUUCGCUCUCUUCUCACUGCCUGUCCUAAGCAGGAAUUGAGUAAAGCAUUUCCGAAUUUUACAAGCGCCGAGCAAGAACGUCUCCACCAGCUUUUUAUUCAGGUCAUUACCUCUUUGCAUGGGAAUUUAGAGGACGAAUUUGAGUCUUUAUGCCUUGAAACACAGGUAGGAACUGCCCUUGAUACUGUGGAGCAACUUGUGGAAGAACAAUGUCUUGACCCUUUGUUUUCCGAAAAGACUAAUGUAAUAGAUGCGGUGCACCAUCUGUCAACAGCAAAGAAAGGUGAGAUCCAGUACUUACGGGGCCUGCUGGAAAGGGUUGAAGAACAUAAUCGCCUUAUUCAAGCUCGGGUUGAGCUACUUAAGAAUAAAACACAAGAAGUCUCGGGCACAACAGAUGUGGAGAAGUUAAGAGGUGGCAUUUUACGUUAUGGGGAAUAGAUGUAAAAUGAUGAGCUUUUAAUGAUCUGAAAUUAGUGAGCUAAAUGUGUCUUCCACUGCACCAAGCUGCAUGGAUUGGUUAAUUAGAGCAACAUAUUUGUAUUCAGAUGUUAAACAUUCAGUUUGCUUGCAUGUAUAUGUUGUUCUAGUGAGAAUGGAGUGGAGUGCUGAAUGUUGUAUACAUUUUGAUUAUUGAAAGGAGCUUUUAUACAUUGAGUUUGAUAAACAGGCCUUAACUUGUUAAAUGUUUGAUAAACUGGAGUCGAGUCCUGGAUGUGAGCUUAAACAGAAGUAUGCAUAACUGUUUGACCUACCUUAGAAUUUAGAUAUUCAUACAUAUUAGUGUCAUUUUGAAGCCACGUGAGAUUUGCAAAUGCAUAAAUAAUAAUAGCAUGAGAUGGAACUUGACACUUGAGAGGGAGAGUUUGUUGGUGCAUGACUUGUGAAUCUAUGUAAGUCACGUGCGUUUUCUUUAUAUAAAUUUUUAUAAAUUGUAAUAUUCAUAACAGUGCUGCACCAGACCGGAUGCUCAUCACAAGCUUUUGAAUAUCCUUCUUAGUACUAGUUAACAUAAUAAUAAUAAUAAUAUCAUAGUAUAUGUUUUCAGAAAAGAUCAAUCAAAACGUAUAAUGGCUGGCACCGCUGACUAGCUCCUACUGCUUUCUGUUGGUUGCCUGAUUUAGACACAAUCUGAUUGGUGACUGUUUCUCAAUCAAAACGAAUCUUAUGCUCAUACACCCUUAGCUUCCGUUUAAUAAUAAUAAUAAUGAUAGUAAUACUUACUGUUACGGCCAGCAUUGCUGUAAAGACAGGGAGCUAAAGGGCCGGGGGCGGAAAAUUCAAUAUCCUUGGUGUGCUGGUGGUUUGUAGUUGGGAAGUAGAUCAUACAAUUGGGUGACAGAUGAUUUUCUCAGUAAUUUUCAAAGGACAUUAAUCCAAUCUACGAAACAACUCUUGAUCCGAUAUGAUGUUAACAUGAAGAUUUCUUGUUAAUGAUUCAUUCAUGACGAAUUGAAUAAUCCUCCCUAUUAUAAUUACAAUCUGUAUCGAGACGAUUUUCCCUCAAAGGAGAGUUUAGAAAGCUACCAGUGCUAACGCUGAAUGAUCACCAUAUUAUUGGGACAUAAUAUUGGGA